AUGAGGUUUUUGUGGACUUGUCUUAGAAGGAGAAGGCCGGGUGCAUUUAACAUGUGGUCCUUUUUGUGUGGUAUAGUGAUUUCAAGCCUACCUUUCAUGGGCUAUUUCUUGUUGGGCCCUUAUUCUACAAGCCCGUCUGUCCCUACUAACUUGUUUACCAGAAAACAAAGCCGACUAGAUUUAGUGGCAUCAGUAUCGUCUGUCCCUGCUGAAUUGUUUACCAGAAAACAAAGCCGACUGGAUUUAGUGGCGGCAUCAGUAUCAAAAGAUUUAACCUCGUUGCCAACAUGCCCGUACAAUCCAAGCUUCCUGAUUCGUGGGACGAUCGCAAGGUAUUCUGGCUGGUGGCGUAUCAAAGAAUCACUAGUUUUUCCAAGAGACGACACAGACAUGUUGAGUAGAGGCAGCCCCUGGCAUUGGUUCCAGCCCAGUCCCCUUGCGGACAGGGAAAAAGUCAGUAUGGUUUUGAAUAAGCUGUUGACUUACUUUAAGUCAAGGUAUGAAGUAGAUUCUUUAUUCUCAUGAACGAUAAGAGGGCAGCAAUAUGUGUUCCUGUUUUUUCUUAAGUUUCCGCUUUAAGAUCCGUAAAAAUCCAUUUAACAAAACGCGAAACAGAUCACCAAGGUUAUUUUUCCAACAACCACUGCACUUUUCCAUGCCACUUUUAUCGUCAGCUGGGACCUUUAUAGAAAGCUGUCAAUCAUGAGCAAUACGCGCGAACUUAACUUCCUGUGCAAUUUUACAUUCUUUACUCAAAUGGGAAAUAAAAAUAAUCCUGAACUGUCCCCUUAACAGUUUUAAGGAAGCUCGGACCGGCGUCACUGACUGCAGCUGUCAGUCCUGUUGUCAUCAACCUAAGCAACAGAGACCUUUCGAUUUUAGGGACUUUAAGAUCCAACGACGCGACGGCAACAAGAACGUCGCUUAAAAAGUGAAUUUGCGUUAAUUCAGUCUUUAGCGCAGUCAUUCCUACCCACUUACUUUGUCAAUUUGGGCGAACCCUCCUGGAAUUGAAUUCGUAGGGGCCAUAUCCAAGUUCGAAAAGGGGAAUAAAAUUUCGUCUUUGCUUGUUUAUGUCCCCCAUAAAACGCGAACGAAAUUAAGCAUUUUCACGUCGUAGUCGUGCAAAAAUGGGCAAAGAAAUGUACAAAAAAGCGUGACGCACGUGCAAAGUUGUUGUUUUGCUUAUAAAAGCUAUUGUUUUUUUGACGUUCUCGUUGCCGUCCGCGUCGUUGGAUCUUAAAGUCCCUUUUAAGAGGACGAGCCAGAUUUUCUAGACCCUGUUCGACUUGUCCUAGACACUUAGUAGUGCGCGCGAGUGAGCCAGUGUCAUACGAGAUGGCCGUCGUCAAACUAACAGCGACUAGUUUUAGCGAGUGCCGAGGUAACGAAAACGAAUUAUUAAAUGUUAGUAGAUUUAUCAUCGACCCUAAGAAAACUCAACCCGUUCAAAAAAAUAAAAUAAAUAAAUAACCGUGCUGACCUUUCUGCUGAAAAAAAGUACAAUGACGUUUUCCGAAAUGUCUUUUUUUAAGAAUACGCUAAAAAAAUUUAAGUUAAAUCUCGCCUAUGUAGUUGUCGAGUUCGCCCUCUAACAAAGGUCUCUAGUGAUGAUAGGUGCAUAGCCUGCGUAGCAGACGUCGAAGCGGGUAGGGCCGGGUUAUAGGGGAAAAAGGAAGGGGGAUUGGGGAGAGAGGGUUUUGCGCUUUUCUCCCUCCUCCCUACCGGCUACCCCUCCCCUUUUUGUGCCUGUUAAGCAGGCUAAUAUGUGCGCUUAUACCACACAACGUGGACUUUAACUCAACCGGCAGUUCCUCAAUCUUGCUGGCGGAUUUCGUCUCUCAUUUCUUUCCUUUGUUUUCUUUUUUAGGAAGUAUUACGUAAAAAAAGUGAACAAAGUGAUACAAAAAUCAGACCCCGGAAAUGGCGAUCGGUUUUUGUUGGAUCUUGAACUUGGUUUAAUGCAUGACCCAUUGAAUCGAUCAAUUCGCUUUGCACAACACGUGUACCAGAGAAACGGAAGUGAUAUAUUGUGCCAUCCUGAAGGAAUGAACUGGAACAGCAGCGCCACAGUGUAUUUUAUCCUCGCCGUCAAGGAUCAAGGACUAUGGGUACAUCAUUUCCUCAAACAGCUCACCAUGGCGAGCUUAUUAACCGGUGACACAAACUUUCACGUCGUAAUCGCUGAUUUUCAAAGUAAAGAUAUUAACAUGAGCGAGGCGUUUAGCACAUCGCUACUCCGAAGUAGGCAUACUAUCAUUAAUUUAACGGGAAAAUUUUACAAGACUCUUGCCUUGAACAAAGCAGCCGAAGCGGUGCCUAAUGCGCAUGACAUAAUUUUCGUGUUUGACCUUCACAUAGAUGUGCCUGCAGACAUCAUGGACAGCGUUCGAAAGGUUAUUCUAUUCAUAAUACUCACUAUCUGAUCUGUCUUCUCAUUCGUUAAAAGUCUUCAGUUAAUUUUGGAAAUCAGCGCAACCUAAAGAUACGGAAAACGGGCAACAAAAAACAUGCAAUUUGCCUUCUGUAACAUUUCUACAAAAUGAAGAUAGAGAGCGAUGUGACGCGUUGUACCGGGUUGUUAACAGGUCUGAACAAGGGUGGUAAAACGUGCAUCAUCGCUUUUCAAUCGUUUUGCGGCAAUGUUGCAAAACAAGUUGCACGUUAUUGUUUCCCGUUUUACCGAAGCUUGAAGAUUUACGUAAGAUUUAUCUGCUAGCAUGUGGCGGAUUGACUAAUCUGUAGGUUGUUUGAGCAAUGCAUGAUGUGAAUCUGUGUUCCGUGUGACCGUUAGUCUGCUACAUAGCCGUUUUUAGUGUCGUCACGUAACGCUCCACCCCCAAAACACCGUACAUUUUUUAAAUAACAGAGCAUAAUAUCUUCUUUAAACUGCCCUAACGACAACCAGUAUCAAAUUCCACCUUGUCAUUACAACGCUUUAUAAAACAGAGUAAAAAAUACGAAACAGCAGGUAUCGAACCCAGUCCCUUCGGCUCCAAAGGUCAAGCGUUUCUCCACGUACGAGGAUGAUAGAAAGGACCUUAAAAAUUCAUUCAUUCAUUCAUUCGAAAAAUUCAUUCAUUCACCGACGAUAGCAGAGAGCUUUAAGCCAGUAAGCUCAAAAAAAAUUGUUAGAUUCCGUUUUUGUGAUUUGCAGAAUAAUCAAGGUCGAGUAAGUGAUAUCAUCCGAGACCUUCGGCUGAUAAUACUUACCUCGAACUUGAUUAUUCCGGAUAUCACAGAAACCUCAUCCAAUAAUUGCUUGGAACUAGCUGACUUCUCUUUUCCUUUAUUAGCCACAAAACUGGUGUAGUUUGCGUCACAGAUGACGUACAUAUGUAAUUUAACCUCAGUUAGUAACGUCUGCGAAGCAGCGCCGGUAUCCAUAUUCUGGGAACUGGGCACCCAGCGGACUCAACGAAUUACCGGAAGUGCGUCUCGAAUUUCCUUUCAACCUGAUUGGCAAAUCGACAAUCAUGGCGCGUACUCAAAUCCUGAAACACAGCUGGAGACCCAGCCUCGUACCCAGUCGCUCGCGAUCACUUUUGAGGGAUAUUUGAGAAAGCUCUCGUUCGUUCCAGCAUCCCCCGUUUGUCGCUUGUCUCCAGCUCUCGUGUGUUCCCCAAUCCCCGCUUAGCCUUGGGAAAACCUGUGGAGGAGGCAGGCUGGAGACCCAGAACAAGGAUUUUGGCGCUCUUUCGCAGACGGACUCAACCAAGGUUUAGUUUCGUCUUUGGCGAAGGCUAAACUGGUGCCAAGUGAAAAACUAAGAUCACCAUUCAUACCUCAGAGAAAGGCGUCUGGAAAAAGAUUGAAACAAUGAAAUCAAAUAGUUGUAAAUAUUAUCUCUCCUUCUCCUUAGAACACUAUUGCAGGUCGUAUGGUUUAUUUCCCGGCAGUUGGCCGCCUAGAUCAAGGAAGUAAUUCUGUGGAACAUCGAGGUUUCUGGCAAAUGGAUGGGUACGGACUAGUGGCGAUGUAUAAAUCAGAUUGGAUAAGAGUAGGAGGUAAGACUAAAAUAAUUUAUCCUUUGCCGAAACUAGGGUAAAGCAUUUUCACACACCAGAAUAGAGAGGCGAAGUGUGACGUCACGUUACCACGGUAGCAAAAUUUGUGGGUCACAACAAUAGGGAGUUUUUGCUACCACGCAACGUGACGUAACGGCUUCUCCUCUCUGUUAAGUUCAGUUAGGGCGAGAAGAGGCAAUCGUCACGAGAGGGAAACUGGGCCCAAUUAAAUUUCGCAAAGACUUCUGGGACCGCUAUAAGAAACAAGGGAAAAAACCGGCCCGUAUCCAGUAACAAUCUCAGAAAUAACUGCAGUGUUAGUGAUAUGGGCAUCCCCUUCUCAUAUAGAGAGAAGAAGUGUGACGUCAUGUUACCAUGGCAGCAACAUUUUUGAAUCACAACAAUAGGAAGCUUAAGCAACGACGACGGAGAUAGCAACGAGAACGGCCAAAAAGUAAUAAGUUUAGAUAACAAAACAACAACUUUGCACGUGCAUCACGCUUUUUUGUACAUUUCAUAACCGUCGUUGCACGAAUACGACGUGAAACUUCCUAAUUUCACGCGCCCGCUUUGUAAAGUAGUUGAACACAGCGCAUUUUUUUUUCUUUUUCUUAACCUAAAUACGGUCCUCUUGGAUUCAACCCCAGAAAAUUUAGCUAACAUUUGACAAAUUGAUGAAAACUAAAUAAGACCGAUGAAGUCUUAAACGGUGCGAAUUCACUUUUUAAGUGACGUUUAUCGGUUUGUUGUCAUCCAGAAAUUUUGUUACCUUGGCAACGUGACGUAACGACUUCUCUCUAUUACUUUAGCGAUCUGGGUUAAGGUUAGGGUUGGGUCGUACUGCGUCGCGAAAUUCGAUCAAAUUUGGACAAAAUGUUGAAAGCUGAAGAUUUCUCUACCUCUAGGACCUCUUUUUGUCUCGCUUUUACGCUCAACUGAAAGUAACAAUCACGAAUUAUGGAAUAUAGAAAGACAUCGCGCCUGCUUUUUGGACUGAUAUAAGCCGCAUCUGUUUUAUUUUCGUUUCACACCUCGAACAUUUUAAUAUUUUUUUACUAUUUUUGUUUCCUUCUUGCUUUCACUGCGCACGUGUGUUCAACUAGGAAUGAAUACUAAAGACUACAAAUACAAGUGGGGCGGAGAAGACUGGGAUCUACUCGACCGCGUGUUAAUGGCGUCACUUGAAGUAGAGCGAAACAAGUACCCAGGCCUCUAUCAUCACUACCACCCCCCAAAAAAGUGGAAUUAGACAGGAUUACGAACCAGGAUGCACAGACAGUGAUUAUUAAUGGGUUUUUAAGUUAGCAAGCAUAAAAGCCUAGGGGCAGGACUCGGGGUUUGGGGUGGGUUUCUGCCGCACAAGAAUCCAAAUUCUGACUAAAUCCUGUUCUUGAACUCUCUUAUUCAGGAGAACGUUCGAAAUGUGUGCAUGUUACCCCGCUCUUUCGAAUACAGAUACCCCGUUUUAGUAGGACCCUGCACCCCCCCCCCCACUCCCGCUACCUGGAGGGAGGGGGCUGGCAAACUUUCGAAAGAUGUACCUCUCCUUACAAAGCCUGCAAACGCAAACGUAUUCCGGGUCUUCGCUUAUCUCUACCUAACUUUUCGGGCGGAGGGAAGCAACGACCCGAAAUACAUCGAUUAACCCCACCUCGUCCCCAGGGUUUUCCCCACCCAUUUUUAAGGGAAAAGCCCUGGGGACGAGGUUGCAAUUAACCUAAUAUAUUAAACGUGGUGUCGCUGGGUGAUUGGGUUAUUUUGUGUGGGAAGAAUUUGUUUUCCAGGCCCAAUAAUCUACUGUGAUCAAGAUCCAAAACCAAAAUUACAGCGGUAUGACUGAGGAAAAAAAACAACAGAACCGGCGGCAACUGUUUUUCUGCCUUCGAUGAGCCCGCUGUUAGGGUACAUUUUUGCUUAGUCUGCUUUACUGCAUGCGUCUCUCUUCGUAAUCAAGAAUAUUUAUUCAGUUUAUUCUAUUUAUUUUGGUGUUGGGCAUUCUAACUUUAUUCAGGGAUAUAUAAUACAUAAAUAAGUUUGUUUUUAGAUCGGUUCGGAAAUCAAAAGUUUCAAAUAUCUUUUGUUUAGAGUUCAAACGACGGUGUUUGCAAACUGUCAGAACAGCUGAACACACUUUUAGAUUCUACUAGCAAACCUUUGCUGGUAGGUUAAGUAUUUGACGAAAGAUUUUUGCACCGACCUCUUUGGUGUUGGGAUCAAUCAAAAAAUAGAAGGUGGACGCAAGGUUAAACAUCAUAAGUGUGGCUUCAGUCUUUCGCAAUUAAAGGUUAAACUGAGGUUAAGAAACACCUCUUCAAGCUUAUUGAAGAAACAUAAUAACAUGUUCUUUAGAUAGAAGUAAUUACUUCCCUUAGUAGAUGUAUUCAGCUGUGGAAUGGGAAAAUGAGCAAUUUCUGUAAACGAAGUUCGUUAAUUUGAACCUGAAGUUAGUUCUUACUUUCGCUUCCAAACUUGAAUCAUAAUCAGAUUUCCUGAUCUCAUUAAAAUUUUGUUGAGGCCAUGCGACCUAACACCACUUUAGAUCUUUGUUCUCGGUUGGGC